UUGUGACGGUUGUGACAUGCGCACUGGUCGCUGUUAUUCGGUUUGUUAUGACAAGCGCAGGCCUUCAUCUUUAUUAGGGGUUUCUUUUGUAAAAAGAAAAAAAAACAUUUUCAGGAGGCCAAGUGACGAUGGAGGGAAUGGACCUGGACGUAGACCAGGAACUCACGCAGAAAUUUAGCUGCAUGGGCACAACCGACAAAGACAUCCUCAUCUCGGAGUUCCAGAGGCUGCUCGGUUUUCAGCUUAACCCCGCCGGAUGCGCCUUCUUUCUGGACAUGACCAACUGGAAUUUACAAGCAGCCAUUGGAGCCUACUAUGACUUUGAGAGUCCUAAUAUCAGUGCGCCUUGCAUGUCGCUUGUGAAAGAUGUGACUAUUGGUGAAGGCGAAUCAGUUCCACCUGAAACACAUUUCACCAAGACUUGGCGGAUACAGAACACAGGUGCAGAGUCUUGGCCUCCUGGCGUUUGCUUGAAGUAUGUUGGAGGAGAUGAGUUUGGUCAUAUAAACAUGGUAAUGGUGCGGUCACUAGCCCCUCAGGAAAUGACGGACGUGAGUGUGCCUAUGCAGAGCCCAGUGUCUCCUGGUAUGUACCAGGGCCAGUGGAGAAUGUGUACAGCAACGGGACUUUACUACGGCGAUAUUAUUUGGGUGAUCCUGAGCGUGGAGGUCGGUGGCCUUCUCGGUGUCACACAGCAGCUUUCGUCCUUCCAAGCAGAGUUCAACACCCAACCUCACCGCAACGUAGAAGGAAAUUACAACCCCUUCGCCUCACCAGAGAGAAGCAAAUGGUCCAACAGCAACACCAGCCUCCACCAUGACAGCAGCCAUAAAGUCACAGAGGAACACUGGCAGAUAAGCCCGAACCAGCUGCAGCAAGAUCAGAAUGGACUUUCACACAACUCUGUGGAUAUAGUAGCAAACAGCCUACAAAGCAAUCUGUCAAUAGUCACUUAUAAUCAGGGUUUACAAGAGCCUUCCCAUUUUGGUCACUCAUGAAUCUUGGGACUUGUUCUAGAGAAGCUGCAGCAAUAAACGUCUCUGGAGCGACCGUUUGGAAAAGAGAAGAGGUUUUAUCAGUUGCUGCAGGAAAAUCUGUCAUGAUUUUAUGCAAAGUGGAUGUACCCUGCAGCCAGCACUCUUGAGCAGUAGAAGGUCUCUGAAGUUGGAUCCACCAACGUCCGACAGCCACUGCAUGCUCACAUGAAUGCUAAGUUAAAAAAGUAGCGCAAUCAGUCUUUUGAGUGACACCCUUUUUUUUCAUACAAUUUAGUUGUCAGAGUGCAGAGUUGUGUGUAUUUGUCAAGUAAUGUGUGUGUGCGGGUAGAAAGAGGAACUUUGGAGGAAAAGCCAUUUAUUUAGCCAAUUUAUGCUCCGGUUUCUGCCCCGACUGCCCAAUGCAUCGAUUGGUUGGGUUUCUGAAAGGUUUUCCUUUUAUAAAGAAAUAUAAUGUGGUCAUGACACAAAAUGCAUGUCUUAUUUUUAUAUUGCAUGGAGAAAUGCUCCAGAAAAUCUGAGAAGCUGAGGCCACAUAGUGUACUUAUAAUACACGCACGCGCGCACACAGUCGUCCGUGAAAUUUAAGCAAUAGUUUCAGAAAUAGAAUGCACUACAAAGAUCCUCCACUUGAGGGUGUCAUGUUGCUGUCAGCCGCUUCAAUAGAUUCUCAGUCUCGCAGUCAUCUGGGUUUUUCGACUAUGUUGAUUACCUGUGUGGAAGACGCUUUUUAUGAGUGUUCGUACCCUCUUUGUGUCAGAACUAAAAUGGGAAAGCUAGUGUGGCAUGAUUGAACUGUUUUGCUGGAUGUAAUUAAUUUGGACCUCAGAGUAUUAUCCAAUGACUAAAAAGCAUUAUGAUUGGUAAUAUUGCAAGGAAAUGGGUAAUAUUACUAAAUUAUAACUAUAGACUUUAGAUACGUUGUCGAGAGAUCAUUUGGACACAAGCAUCCAUUUUUCUUCUGGCGCAAUGCAAUUAACCUCACGUAUAUUUUGGGAAUGUGGGAGGAAGCCAGAGUAUCCAGGGAAUAUCCAUUAUGUCGGAGGAGACUCUACAGAGAAAGGCUGACAUUCGAACCCACAACCUUUGACUGUGAGGUUUAUGUGCUCACAAGCAACUGCACACUUCACCUUGCUGCCUUUGAAAUGACCCAUAUUUUACUUAAACAUGUAUGCUGUUUUAAAGUCAACACUAUCUUGGCCAUGUCUCCGUCAUAUUAUCUUAAGUAUUGCAUGAUUUAUCGUAAUUCCUAAGUGAUCCAUUAUAUCACUGGAUGGCAAUGCAUAUUAGUAUCAAUCGAAUCAGUUUUCAUGCCCAUUUCAUUUUAAAGCACUUGGACAGUAUCUUUUGAUUUGAAUGUAUUUGAUGAAUGUAGAGAAGGAAAACAUUUGGUCAGUCCAAAUCGGCAACAAAUCAGCCCAAACAGGAUAUCCAUUUGUGUUUGUGUUGAAUAGCAUUCUGUCUCUUUGGUUUCCUUUGCUGGAUGCAAACAUCACCGAUCCCGUAAGUGACAUCAGAACUGACACAUUGGUGGUGGUCUAAUUUUUUUCACUGCAAAUUUAGUAGCACUGGACUAGCUGAUCUAUGCACUGAGUAACGUGACCGUCGAAGGCCCGUGCGUGUGUGCAUGUUUCUUCCUACCGAUGAAUUCCAAAGGGCUAAUUGACUCUUGUCAGUUAAAGCCAUUGACUGGUGAAGAACUUCAAUGCAGCUGUAACUUGUAAAUCCCAAAACGAGGGGGAACUUUGACAACGCAAGCUAACACCCGAAGCAGGCCACAAAGACAACAAUUCUUGCAAGUGGUCAAAGAGUAACACUUUUAGUUGCUCUCGGUAGUGUGCAAUGUGUUUAUCUGAAGUUUUCCAUGAUGAAUCAUACAGCAGCACCUUGUGAAUGAGGGAGUGUUAAAGACUUUUUUUCUCUUGUAAGUUUGAUGAAUGUUUGUAUGAAUAAAUUAUCACUGAAAAUUGA